GGGACACGAUCUUAAGGGACACCAAUAGGUUUCUGUUUCGUCCGCAAAUAUUAGUCCGCAAAAGUCUUCUCUAAUUCGAAUGGGCCUGGUUGAGAAAAAAAAGUCUAGUAGGGGGUUCAAUUUCUUUAGGAACGAGUUUCUAGUCAAAAAGAGGCGCGAUCUUAUAAUCGAUUGUCCAAUAUCAAUAGGUUUCAGUUUUGUCCGCAAAUGUUGUCCGCAAAAGUCCUCUAAUUUUUUCUUUAUUUUUUUCAGAAUUUAACAUUAAAAAAUGGAUACCGCUAACCAAUAUGUAAAAUUAAAUGUAGGUGGAGCACUUUUUCAUACAACAUUGGGAACUUUACUUAAAUAUGAUUCCAUGUUUAAAGCAAUGUUUUCUGGGAGAAAUGAGGUUUUUCGUGAUUCUGAUGGUUAUGUACCCAUUGAUCGUUGUGGAAAACAUUUUGGAUUGAUCUUAAAUUUUAUGAGAGAUGGAACUGUUCCGUUACCGGAUUGUCGUACUGAAGUUCAAGAGAUUAUUAUUGAGGCUAAAUUUUAUUUGAUUCAGGAAUUGGUAAGCUUGUGUGAAUCUUGGUUUAUAAACAUGGAAAAAGCUCAAGUUGAGCCAAUUGGUGUUUGUCAAGUACCUGUGGUUAUGUCAAAGAAACAAGUUGAACGAAUUUGGCAAAGCUCUACGGGUCGUCCAGUAAUUGAAUUGCUUCUAAACCGAAAUAACAACAAAUAUAGUUAUAAUACAAGUUCUGAUGAAAACUUUCUUCGUAAUCAAGAGCUUUUUGAUAAAUUAUUGUUGCGCUUUAACUCUUCUAAAAAUAAUAAUGUUCUCUUCAUUAAAAAUUUGGGUAUUGGCAGUCCAGAAAUUUGUCAAUGGACUUUUUAUGGAAAUGCUAGCCGUAAAGUUGAGAUUUCGUGUACUUCAAUUGUUUAUACUCCCGAAAAGAAACAAACAAAAGUUGAAUUUCCAGAAGCCCGUAUAUACGAAGAAACAUUAAAUGCUCUUUUAACUUUUGGUGGUUGUACACAUUGCAAGAAUGAUGAUCCUUCUAUUCAACAAAAACCGUCAUCAACUGAAUCUGCUCGUCGCGGCUUGGUUUCUAUUUUUUAUUAUUUCAGUCCGACCUCAUUAUAA